GUUUAAAGUCGACCAGGCCAGUGUGACUGUGGACUGAGAAAAUGCAGUUAGUUUAUCGCCGAUAUUGAUCGAAAACAUUCCCCAGAUGGCCCAGGAUGCAGUAGAAGUGAGGAGUGUCUACAAGAGAUAUGGAUCCAAGAGAAAUGGCGUCCAGGCUUUACAGGACUGUUCUCUCACUGUACCACAGGGAUGCAUCUAUGGGCUCUUAGGUCCUAGUGGGAGUGGUAAAACCACGCUAUUACGAGCUCUAGUUGGCCGUCUGGCGGUGGAUGCAGGUCAUGUGACAGUUCUAGGUCAAAAGCCGGGGGCCAGAGGUCACGAGGUGCCUGGAAAGCUGAUUGGCUACAUGCCUCAG